AUGCAAGAAUUGAUCAGUAACGUUUCUGCAUACGUGGAGAAGCACAUGAGUAACUAUGAUGGCUCUCAUGACUUCCACCACAUCUUGCGUGUUGUGGGCCUAGCCCAUCGUAUCCACGAUGAGAUGACAAUUCCAAUCACUGGCAACGACACCAAACUACCAAUCCUCGAUCGGGACGUCAUUACACUCUCAGCACUUCUCCACGAUGUAGGCGACAGGAAAUAUGUCAAAGAGGGAGAAGACGCCCAGACAAUGGUGCGCGAUGUACUUCUCAACUUCGGCGCCUCUUACGAGCUGGCAGAACGUGUCCAGACAAUUUGCCUCGGUGUCUCAUACUCAUCGGAGAUCAAGAACUUGGAUUUUGCUGCAGACCUCAUUUCACGUUAUCCUGAGCUUGCUUGUGUGCAAGAUGCAGACAGGAUAGAUGCCAUAGGAGCUACUGGUAUCGGACGCCUGUUCACGUAUGGCGGAGCCAAGACGAAAAGGAGUAUGGACGGGUCAAUCAACAUCAUGGAUGAAAAGCUCUUCAAACUGGAGGACAUGAUGAAGACUGCAUCGGGAAAGAUAUUGGCUCGGGAACGUACUCGCAGGCUAAGAGAGUUCCAUAGCUGGUGGGAAGAAGAAAUGGAUGUUGCGUGUCCCCACUCAGGGCCAAUCUUUCAAAGGCAUUAACCCUUCCCUUCAGUGUGUCGAUUUCCUUCCCCAGCUGCUAUUGAAAAGUUAGUAUGUACUUCGACACCAUAUUGAAAAACACAGGAGCCGACACUUCCCCGAAAGUGUCUUCGAUUCCUAAUUGUCCUCGAAGUGAAGAGAGAAUUUGACGUACUUGUGUAUUGAGCUCCAAGUGCUUGAUAUAUUCCAAUGCUCUGGUCAAAACCGCAGCUUUCCCAAACUUUUGUUGUCCACUCUUGCUGUCUAUUUCCUCAUCAUCCGACUCGUCGGCCUUCG